AUGGAAAUGAUUGCCGCGCAAAUCAGCGCCGGCUACAGCGCCGGCUACAACGCCUUCGUCAACCGCGCCCUCCAUGCCGCCGCUACGCCCGUUCCCAAUGCGACGGCCUCGUACUGGAUGUCCGACCCGCCCUUCCCCUCCGUCAACCUCAACCCGCGCCCUCUACCCGAUAUCGCCGACUACGUCGUCAUCGGGACCGGCCUUGCCGGGGUUGCCGCCACCAAGACGUUGCUCGAGAUAAGCCAGGACCAGCGCACCGAGAUGCCGCUGCGGGUGGUGGCGCUCGACGCCCGCGACGUGUGCGGCGGCGCCACGGGGCGUGGCGCGGGCCGCAUCGACGUGACGCCGUGGAGGGAUUUUGCAAAGCUGAAGGAGGCGCUGGGGGAGGAGGAGGAUGAGAAGGAACAGGGGAGGGCAAGGGAGGUGCUGCGGUUCAUGGAGAAAGGUGGGCGAGCGCUGCGGGAGCUGGGGGAGGAAGUGCAGGAGGGAGAGGUCAGCGACGUGGAGGCGGUGGAUUUGUUCUUGGAGAGUGAGGAUUUUGAAAAGGCAAAGGGACUGGUGGAGGAUUUGAGAAGGAGUUUGCCGGAAACGGAGGUCAAUAUCUGGCCCGGCGAGGAAGCGUGCGAAAAGUUUGGCUGCAAUGGCUUCGUCACCGGCGCCAUCUCCUACCCUGCCGGCGCCGCGUUUCCCUUUCGCCUCGUCACCGGCGUCUGGAAGGCCCUUGUUGACCGCUACCCCGAGCUCGUGCUCCUAAGCAACACGCCCGUCGCCAACAUCUCCAUCGCGCCCAACUCUCCACAACAUCCCUACGCCGUGCACACUUCUGCCGGCGUCGUCCGCACGCGGCAUGUCCUCCACGCCACCAACGCCUACGCUCCCGCCCUAAUCCCACGUCUGCGGCAAUACCUUACCGGCGCCCGCGGCUGCAUGACCGCGCAGGACGGCGGCGCGCACUUCCCGCGCACCCACGGGAACCGCUCCUGGAGCACAGUGUACGAGCCUGGCUACGACUACGCCACGCAGCGGCCGGAUCAGGAUGACGGCUCCCCGGGGGAUGUUUUGGUCGGCGGCGGGUUUGCGCAGGGGCGGCACGGCGGGCUCAACUUGCUAGGGACGUGGGAUGACAGCCGGCGGGACGCGCUGCCGCUCGCGCACGUCCGUGGCAUCAUGCCGACGGUGUUUGAGCCAAACUGGGGCGGCGGUCCGACGAUGGCGGCCGGUGGGGGGAUCAAGUCGGACUGGACGGGCAUCAUGGGCUUCACGGGGGAUGGUUUGCCGUUUGUGGGCGCGCUGGGGGCGAAUGUGACGCAGAGGCGCAAUCCGUAUCCGGGCGACGGCGGCGGCGGCGUCAUCAACGGCUCGGGGGAGUGGAUUGCGGCGGGCUUCAACGGGCACGGCUUGGUGUGGGCGUGGCUGAGCGGCGCGGCGGCGGGCAUCAUGAUGGCGGGACAGGACGGCAAAGAUUUGGAGGGGAUGAGGGGCAGGCCCGGUGGGAAGCUGGAUUCGUGGUUUCCGAGGAAUGUGCUGGCGGUGGACGAAGAGAGGCUGAAAAGGGCGGAUUUGCAGAAUCUGGUGGGACGGCAGCUCUAG